AUGUGUAGAUUGUUUGAAAAAAAGGACGAGCCCAAAAGAGCGCUGGCCCUUAUCUCUUCACUCUACAAGGAGCUAAGAAAGAUGGAUGACAAAAUAUUGUUGGUGGAAAUCCAGCUUCUCGAGAGCCAAGUCUAUCAUUCCAUUCAAAAUGUCCCCAAGGCCAAGGCAUCGUUGACAGGCGCCCGCGCCAUGGCCAAUACCAUUUACUGCUCAUCAGACACACAAGCAAUGCUUGAUUUGUACGCUGGGAUUCUUCAUGCAGAAGAGGGGGACUAUCGAACGGCCCAUUCUUUUUUCUAUGAAGCCGUAGAGGCAAAGCCGGAAAACCCUGCCAUUGCGGGCCGAGCCCUAACCUAUAUGCUCUUGAUGCUUCUUAUUUUGGAAAAGGAAAUUAUCGCCAACACGGCGGGGUGGAAAGCAUACUCUCCAGCUGCGAAAGCUUUGCCGGAAUCUAUCGCUGCGAUGGGCGAAAUCGCAAAAGCAGUUUUAGGACAUUCUCUUGCGACUUUUGAAUCUCUUCUCUCCUCCCCGAAUAUUGAGGGCGCGCUGGAUUUAUGGUGCAGGACGCGUCUUAUGUCUCUUGGAAACAUUCUGCUUCGCACGAACCUUCAAACACUCAUAGCUCCAUAUUCACGGGUACAAAUUUCUUUUUUGGCACAGCGGCUUGGCCUACCCGUGGAUCUGGUUCUUUCACGCCUCUCGCAGAUGAUUUUAGACAAGCAGUUGCUCGGUUUCAUUGACCAAGGUGCAGAUAUUCUACAAUUGCUCGAAGAGGGUCCAGAAAAUGUGGACCAAAUCUACCCAUCCCUCAUCGCUACGAUUGGCCAUCUUGAGGGUGCUGUGGAUGCCCUUGGGCGCAAAGCCGCCCUGCUUUCCGCUAACACGGCCCAGUGA